CUAGGGUUUAAGGGAGAAAUGGGGUGAAAGGAGCGACAGGGCGAGAUAGUGGUGAUGGAUGCGAUUCAAUGGGGCCCGGAAGAAAUCGCGCUCUUCAGCAGCAAAUACUACGCGGCGUGCUUCGCCGGAGGAUUGCUCUCGGCGGGGACGACGCAUUUUCUCGUCACUCCAUUCGACAAUCUCAAAGUAAACAUGCAGGUCCAUCCAGCGAAGUAUAGCGGAGGAAUUCUCUCUGGGUUUGGCGUCUUGUGGAAGGAACGCGGUCCUACUGGGCUUUGGAGAGGCUGGGGAGGGAAGCUCUAUGGCUAUGGAGCUCAAGGAGCUUGCAAGUUUAGUCUCUACGAGUUUUUCAAGCAUCGCUACUGCGAUGCCGCUGGCCCCGAGAACUCGGCCACGUAUCGGACGCCAAUCUACUUCGCCGCCAGCGCCUGCGCACAGAUGAUCGCCGACGUUGUUCUCUGCCCCUUCGAAUCGAUCAAAGUUCGUCUCCAAGCGCAGCCGGGCUUUGCCAAAGGAUUGAUCGAUGGAUUUCCAAAGGUCUACUCGGCCGAGAGGCUUCCAGGGCUUUACAGAGGACUCUUGCCAUUGUGGAGUCGAAACAUUCCAUUUGCCAUGCUCAUGUUCACGUCUUUCGAGCACUCGGUCGAUUUCAUCUACCGUAACGUCGUGAAAAAGCCCAGGAGCGAAUGCUCUACGACGACUACGUUGCUCGUCACCUGUGGAGCGGCUUACAUUUCGGGGAUCACCGGCACAGUCGUGUCGAAUCCAGCUGACAACGUAAUAAGCUCUUUGUAUAACAAGGGAGGGACUGUUGUGCAAGCGAUCAAGAGAAUUGGUCUGGUGGGGCUGUUCACGAGAAGCUUACCGCUUCGCAUCGCGCUCGUGGGUCCUGUUGUCACAAUGCAGUGGUUCAUCUAUGAUUCCGUGAAGGUCUCCAUUGGUUUGCCAACCAGUGGAGGAACUUACGUCGAGGAGGAAUCUUCGGCAUCAUGAUUCACAGAGGUAUGUUGCUUGUUGACGCAUGGAGGGGUCGAUAGUGAUGAUAGCUAGUCAAGAGAGAAAAUAACGCAUAAUCAUUCUUUCUUCUGUACAUAUUUUUGUGACGCAUCGCCAGAGAAAUUCAGUGCAGCAGUCCAUCUGUCGAUCCGUCUGACGCCGUGCUUAAGAUUUGAGAGAUGCAUUAGGAAUUUAAGCAGUAGCGAUCCUCUGGCUCGUUUUUUUCACUUGUUUAAUCGAGUCACAGGUGCAAUGUACUCGAAAAGAGAGAGUUAUAUCAUACUAGCAUCAUGAAGCUCGCAUUUGACUUUGAGUUUUUUUUUACCUCUCUCUCUCUCUUUCUCGCUCUCUCUUUUCUCCUCAAUCUGACUAGUUCGAUCCCAUCACCGAUA